UAGAUGGUGCCAUACAUACUCAAAGACCCUAUCCUGAAAAUCCAUCCACCCAAGUGAAUCCUGACACCAUGUGCUACUACGGCAACUACUAUGGAGGCCUGGGCUAUGGCUAUGGCUCUGGUUAUGGCUGUGGAUGUGGCUGCUUCCGUGGCCUAGGCUAUGGAGGCUAUGGCUGUGGAGGCUGUGGCUAUGGAGGCCUGAGGUAUGGAGGCUAUGGCUGUGGCUGUGGAGGCUGUGGCUAUGGAGGCCUGGGCUAUGGAGGCUAUGGCUACGGCUGUUGCCGUCCAUCUUGCUGUGGAAGGUAUUAUUCUUAUGGCUUCUACUGAAAAAUCCCUUGCUAUUGGGCUAUCAAGGAAUCUAGUCCCAGAAGGACAUCACCUUCCAGCUAUGUCUGCACCUAAGCUACAAGGGAAAGCUGCCACAACAGGGUCUAACAAUCCCCAUGGCACAUUCAGGGCACUGAAGUGGCAGUGACCAAGAAACAGCAGGACCCAUCCUUCUGGGAAAUGAUGCAGACUAUCUCCUGUCAUGAGUGACUUCUCCAACAACUCCUUCCCAGAAAGUUGGCUCACCUCUCAUACAUUAUUGUGUCUUUUAUGACUUUGCAAUAAACUUGUUUCCCUUCCUUACCAAAGUUGUUGUUACUUGUCCUGCUUGACCUCUUGAAACCUCCUUGGGUUUCAGUCUCUCAUCAAAAAGAGACUUUCAUCCUUGAUGUGCUUAUCUGUGUCAAUGCAGAA